GACUCUUCCUUCACACACACCGACACCGUUUGUAAAUGCCUGCAGACACACAAAAGAUGAUGAUGACGGCCUCUCCAUGGGACCGCUGGUACUCCACGCGCUGCUGCCUGUGUUGCCAUGUCCGCACGGGAACCAUCAUCCUGGGGGUCUGGUACAUGCUCAUCAAUGCUGUGGUAUUACUCAUCCUGCUCACUGCGCUCAGCGAUCCUGAGCAGUACCACUUGACCAGUGCCGAGCUGGCUAAUGACCUGGAUGUCAUGGAUGAUGCCAACAUGUGCAUCGCCUCAGCGAUCUCUCUGCUGAUGAUACUUAUCUGUGGGAUGGCAACAUAUGGUGCCUACAAGUUACGUCCUGCCUGGAUCAUCCCUUUUUUCUGCUACCAAAUAUUUGACUUUGCCCUCAACACCUUGGUGGCUGUCAGCAUCGUAGUUUACCCAAACACCAUUCAGGAUUACCUGCAGCAACUGCCUGAGAACUUUCCCUACAAAGAGGAAGUCGCUGCUCUCAGUAACGUGUGCUUGGUCGCCAUCGUGCUGCUCUUCAUCGGCUGUAUUCUCAGCUUUAAGGUGCUGUUACCUCCUUAUGAUGACAGUGUCAGUGUCCCUCCCAAGCAGGCUCCUCCACCUUACACUACUGUUACAGCAUGAAAACAUUCCCGGGAUCCUGCUGACUGCUGUUGAUAAAAGAUCAGCAGAAUUGAUGCACCACACUGCCUCUCCAGUGUACAGUAUAUUUCUGGAUAUAUUGUAGCUACACACACAUUACCGUUCUCUUAAUGCAUUUAGACGCAUGUGUACAAAAACACCUUGGACAGAUAUACAGACACACACCACCGUGACCUCUUGUCCCUUCCUGUUAUUUACUUAUUCUUAUGUAUUUCUCUCCUGUAGCUCUCUGUGUAUCUCUGUCUCUUAGUAUUCAUCCAGAAAUGAUGUGCACUUUUAUGCAUUUGAAGCGAAACAAGACAAAAGCACUAGAAAGUUCGAUAGAUGAUAUAUAUUUUUAUUAAUUCUAUUUAUGCUCUCUGUAUCUGUAAUCGUAUUCUGUGGGUCCUACCUUUUCAAAACAUAUUUAACUUGUGCAGAAAUGCAAAAACCCCCAAACAAAAACAAACGUGUUUCCUGUUUGUCUCGUCUGAGCUCGUGAUCAGGGUUGGAUUGCCUUCAUUCAUAGCUUUCUCUCUCAUGAGGUGCACUUCAUGGAGCCACGUGUGAAGUGUCACCUUGACGGGAAGUUUCCCAAAGAAAUGCACCUGCCUGUGUUCUGACAUGAUCAAGGAGCAACCUAGUGUAUAUCAAACAUAUCAGCUUAUUCUACCACAGACAUAAUCACGGUCUCGUGUUCUAGAAAUCAGGAGUGUUGAUUUGUGCUGACUGAUAUUCAUAACUUUUUAAUGUAAUUGUGUCUUUCUACUGAUUGAUGAUAAAUGUCUUGGAUUGCUGUUUAUCUAGAAUCACUGAUCUGGAAUCAGUUUGCUAUUUGAAGUCACUAUAAGUUGGUUGCUGGACAGGGGACUCGGAACCCAAUAAAUAUGGACUCUGGUUGUGUUUUUUCAAUUAAGCCUAAUGGGAGCUUUCUUGUCUGUGUAAACAUUACACAAGUCUGUUCCACCAGAUGGAGUUACUGGCAAGCCACUCGUCCCUGGACACAAAAUGUCCUGCAAGGACUCAGAUGUCAAACCUGCUGUAUGGAAAACAAAGAUGUGACAUAUAUUUAUCUAUUAAAAUCCAA